UUUGUCUUUCUCUGUUGAAACUGUCCUGCAGUGCCUAUCCUGACAGGCAGAGUCAGUCAUUACAAAUGCACAGUGACAUCAUUUCUGCUGUUAUUGAGCAGCCCCACCAAGACCAGCUUAAUCAGAUUGCAGUGUGAUUGGGGGGGCUCCUUGGCGCUUCCUGUAACCAUUGACGCUGAUUCCUCUGCAGGGGAAACCAACGGCAGCAGCAGCAACAUGAAAGGAUCAUUUCAAGUCUCCUCCUGCUUAUGAAAAAAAAAUUCAGCUUGCUUUCUGGAAACACUGUUUGAUCUUCAAAGCAUUUCUGCAUGACUGUCACAAAGGGAAAGCUUACGUCAGUGCUCAAAACAUCUGUGUCAAAGUACCCAACAGCACCUCAAACAAUUACUAGCCAGCGUGAGAUUGUUCUGCCAAACCAGCAACCUUUCAGACUUGCCCAGGUUGGAUUAUUCUAAUGAAAGUACAAGACAAGAUGUCAUGGCGUCCACAGUACCGCAGCUCAAAAUUUCGAAAUGUAUAUGGGAAAGUGGCAAAUCGAGAGCAUUGUUAUGACGGGGUUCCAAUUACAAGGAAUGUCCAUGACAACCAUUUCUGUGCAGUCAAUCCUAGGUUCCUAGCUAUUGUCACUGAAAGUGCUGGGGGAGGAGCCUUCCUAGUGAUCCCUCUAGAACAAACAGGUCGUAUCGAACCCCACUACCCAAAGGUCUGUGGUCACCAAGGCAAUGUACUAGAUAUCAAAUGGAAUCCAUUUGUUGAUAACAUUAUAGCCUCGUGUUCAGAAGAUACUUCGGUUAGAAUAUGGGAAAUUCCAGAAGGAGGUCUAAAACGAAAUUUGACAGAAGCAGUUCUGGAACUAUAUGGACACAGUCGACGAGUUGGCCUUAUAGAGUGGCAUCCUACAGCCAAUAAUAUCCUGUUCAGUGCAGGAUAUGAUUACAAGAUACUUAUCUGGAACCUGGAUAUCGGAGACCCAGUGAAAAUGAUAGAUUGCCAUUCAGAUGUUAUACUUUGCAUGUCUUUCAACACAGAUGGAAGUCUCAUAGCCACAACUUGCAAAGACAAAAAAUUAAGAGUGGUUGAACCACGCUCAGGAAGAGUUCUUCAGGAAGCAAGUUGCAAGAACCACAAGGUGAAUCGGGUAGUCUUCCUAGGAGACAUGAAAAGAAUUUUGACAACAGGAGUAUCAAGAUGGAACACAAGACAAAUUGCACUCUGGGAUCAGGAAGACCUGUCUAUGCCAGUGAUUGAAGAAGAAAUUGAUGGCCUGUCGGGACUUCUUUUUCCAUUCUAUGAUGUUGAUACACACAUGCUUUAUUUAGCUGGAAAGGGUGAUGGGAAUAUCAGGUAUUAUGAAAUCAGCACAGAAAAGCCAUAUUUUUAUUAUCUCAUGGAAUUCCGUUCACCAGCACCACAAAAAGGACUAGGGAUUAUGCCAAAACAAGGACUGGAUGUAUCUGCCUGUGAAGUUUUCAGGUUCUAUAAAUUAGUGACAUUAAAAGGAGUAAUCGAGCCAAUUUCUAUGAUUGUGCCAAGAAGGGCAGAGACAUACCAAGAAGAUAUUUACCCUAUGACUCCAGGGAAGGAACCUGCACUUUCUGCAGAUGAAUGGCUCACAGGCAUUAACAGAGAUCCUGUCUUGAUGUCUCUGAAGGAAGGUUACAGGAAAUCUUCAAAAGCUGUUUUCAAAGCACCUGUGAAACAGAAAAGGGCUGUUGUAGUCAACGGAAUAGACCUUUUAGAAAAUGUGCCACCAAGAACAGAAAAUGAGCUGCUCAGAAUGUUCUUCCGACAGCAAGAUGAGAUCAGAAGAUUAAAAGAUGAGCUUGCACAGAAGGAUAUUAAGCUACGACAGUUAGAGCUGGAGCUGAAAAACCUGCGGAACAAUCCCAAGAACAACUAACCUCAGUAUAUACUUGAUGAAUAAAAUAAACAUUCCUUAUUGUUUAAUUUUAAUGUAUAAAUCCUUACAGACUAUGUGAAUUGCACACAAUGGGUCCAGCCAAAACAGUCUUAGCAUCUAAAGGAUUACUGUCCUUUAUGUGUAUAUAUAGCACUACAGAAAUAUGUAAGUACAUGUAAUUAGUGACUGGAAAUUAAAGAAAGAGGAAUAUGUAACCAAAGCAUAUCGUCCUCAAUGAAGACUUUAUAUCCUGCCUUAGAUCUAGAUUUUUGAAGUUGAAAAACUGGGAGCAUUUAUGGAGACCUGCCGCAAAGCAAAUAUGCACUGAUUAUUUUAAAAGUAGAAUGCCCUGGUAUGAGUCAGCUAUUAAUAUUUUUCUUUGCAAACUACAACAGUGAGAGCCUGUAGGUAAAGUAAAACUACAACUGUUAUAGUUCAUAUUAGAAAAUAUUAUGCCUGGUAAUAAACCUGGGCAAACAAUAAACCAAAUACCCAAAUCCUAUUCCAUUUCCUUAUUAACACAUUAGGAUUUCAAUGAAGUCUUGAUUAUUUUAACAAUUUUCUCUGUGUAUGUUGUUUUCCUCAUGUAAUGUUUGCUUAAUUUGCUAACACAGAAUCCCUUUUCAGUAAUUAAUUUGCUGAUUCAUUUGAAAUGUUAUAAAUAAAUUUUUUUUCAUGUAACUCA